AACACAAUAUUGCGUCAUUGUUUUUGUUGCAGUUGGAGAGCCUGCUGCUUACAGAGAUUUCGCCACCAUUUCGCUUACAUUUAGGCUUUUUAAACGGCGUAAACAAGUGGACCCGCACGAUUAUACCAGCACCAUGUCGCUCCAGAAGGACAAUUCGUCGGACGAGAGCUUACAAAGUUCCUGGGUGGAGCUGCAUUUCAGUGGCACUGGGUCUCAAAGUGCUAGUCAUCGCGGAAGCCAAGAGCAAAUCCCCACGUCCAUCCAGGAGGCUGACUUGGAGAAAAUGCUGCUGGAUGCACAGCACGAGUCAGGCAGAAGCAGCUCCAGAGGAAGCUCUCAAUGCAACAGCCCACUGAGAGCACAGACCCCCCUCCUUCUGUGGAGAAGCUCAGAGGGAAACAGCUCACAGUCAGACGAAGACUUCCAAGAAAGGAGAAGAGAGGUAGAGAACCUGAUGAAGAAAAAUGCUGACUGGAUUUGGGACUGGUCCAGUCGACCUGAGAACAGUCCACCAAAGGAGUUCCUGCUGAAGCACCCGAAGCGCUCGACCUCUCUCAGCAUUAGGAACACCCGCGUCAUGAAGAAGGGAGGUGUUCUGUCUGCUGACUUUCUGAAGCUUUUCCUUCCCUCAUUAAUCAUUUCUCACAUACUUGCUGUUGGCCUUGGGAUAUACAUUGGGAAGCGUAUAACCUCCCACAACACCUACUAAGUGGGGUGAUGUGUUGCGACACCUUGUCACCUUGAAGUGACCAUCUUGGCAUGCCUUAAAAUGGGACCUUACGAAAAUCAACGGAGAUGAGGCCACGUGACGCAGUCCAAUCUGAUUGAGCACCCCAUGUCGUACCAGGGCAGGGAGUUGAGGAUCUGUUAUUGCUGUUUCAUGACAUAGAAUUCAGAACACCACAGUGACCAGUCCUCACUCCCUGUCCUGGCCUGGAGAUGACUGUUCUGCUGCUUCCUGCACCUUAAAUCUGCACGUUAGGGAACUGACAUAUACUGUGUGUCAUUGCCUUUUUUCUUUUUUUUUGCAAUGGAAAAAUCACUGUUGACUUAAAAUGAAAUACUGUUGAAUAUUUUUAUUAAGAUCAGUGGUGGAUAAAGGGGAUGGUUUUGACUUGGGAUCAUUAGCUUAGUGUUUUAAGUGAUUGCAUUAAUUAUUGAUUGCUCUGUUUGUGAAAGUGUAAAUUGUGAUUACAAGAAAAUCAGAUAUGUAACCAAGAGCUGAUACAAUGCAUUUUCUUCAUUUUAACUCAAAAUAAAAACUGGAAAAUCA